AUGUCAUUCCCUGUUACUGGCUCUCCUGAAGCAGCGCGUAAAGCAUCGAUGCCGUUCCAGGGUUAUGGUGACAUUGGGAGUCAUGGGCGUGUUAGCUCGGCCUCGAAAUGCACAACCUCUGGCGAUGGCGGGCCCAACCCACUGGUUUCGUCAAAGCUGGGUAAUAUCCAGCCAAUGGCCCUGAACAAGGAUGAGGCCGGGCCUUCUAAUAAGAAGCAGAAAGUGGAGCACGCAGGUUCUGCCCCUCGUACGGAGCUUCAACCAUCUGCCAUGGAUCAGAUCCUAGCAAAGUUGUCUCCAAAGGGAGGUGUUUCUGUGGAACAGCCAUCCGUCAACGAUGAGAUUCUGGCCAAGCUGUCUGAGCACCAAACCAUGUUGGAGAAACAGCAACAGAUCCUUAUUGACAAACACAUGCGUUCUACAUCCCAGAACGAGGGUGCAAACACCUCGACUCCUCACUUGAGUUCCGGUAAUUCACCCAACUCAGGGGACAAUACUUCGUCCAAGUCUAGCGGGGAUAACGUGGAUAAAGUGGAUGCUAUUGAAAUGCUUCGUUUGAAACAAGAACUGGUUGCUGCCAAUUCUCGUAUAGCUCUUCAGGAACAAGAAUUGGCUCAAACACGUGUAAUCAAGCACACCCUGGACCAAGCUCUGGGUCCCCCCUCUGAGGCUGACUUUGGUGGCCGCGAGAUCACUGAGCAGACUAUAAGCAGUUUGCAAAAUGCUUUCAAUUCCUCUACGCGUCCCUUUAAUCAGCGUCAGGAGACGUGGGUUACUCAAGACGACGCCCAGUCUGACAUUUCGGAUGCGCUGUCUGCUGGUGCUUAUAACCGUGCUCGUGGCAUCUGGAAUAGUGGUCACCCUUCGUUCGUGAUGAACGCUGCUGGUACCAAGGACACCCUUUAUCGUGAGCAUGCCACCUUGGGUAGCCCAACCAUUACCCCGGACCCUGGUCGUAACUGGGCUGGUAGGCUGUCCCACCCGGGUUUUGGAGGGCAUCAUCCAGGUUAUGCACCCAACCAGCGUGUUUUAUCCGGUCCCGGGUCCCCCACCCUUGGGUUUGAUGGCCGUUAUACCGCCGAGCAAGCGCAGUAUCUGCAAGGCCCUGGAAAUCGGCACUCUUCGGCGAAGCUAAACCGUGGCGGGUCGUGCUUCCCACCACAAAACUCUCCCUGGGGAACCUUUUCUACAGUGGCCCCUGGUGGACCAACGACUCGAGCAGUAAGCAACCAGCACGCAGGGCCCUAUCCCGGAAUAUUUCCUGGACCUGGUCAGUAUCAGCCACGGCCCAUUGGGACCCCUCUGUCUCCAACUGCAGCGGAGUUUACUGUUAAUUCUGCUCCUGACACUUGGAGCACAUCGUCUGCCUCUGGUGCGGUUCAAACCUAUGUCUCGCCUCUUGAGCCGCUGAACUAUCGUCGUCUACUUGACAAGAGCGUGUCCUGUGACUGGAAAUACAUUGUAGACAAAAUUGUCUGCAGCAAUGACCAGCAGGCGUCUAUUUUCCUUCAGCAGAAGCUCAAGGUUGGAACGGCGGAGCAAAAGUAUGAAAUCAUCGAAGCAAUUGUUAACCAGGCAUAUCCAUUGAUGGUCAAUCGUUUCGGAAACUUCCUUGUUCAGCGUUGUUUUGAACAUGGUACCCCUGAACAGGUCAUUGCCAUCGCCAACGCUGUUCGUGGAAACACAUUGAGCCUGAGUAUGGAUCCUUUUGGCUGUCACGUAAUUCAAAAAGCGUUUGACUGUGUGCCGGAGGAGCACAAGGCAGUCAUGGUUCAUGAGCUACUACGUCGUAUUCCGGAAACGGUCAUUCAUCGCUAUGCUUGUCAUGUCUGGCAGAAACUCUUCGAACUUCGUUGGAGCAACGAACCCCCUCAGAUUAUGACCAAGGUCAACGAAGCACUCCGUGGAAUGUGGCACGAGGUUGCUCUCGGUGAGACCGGAAGCUUGGUCGUGCAGAAUAUCUUUGAAAACUGUGUGGAGGAUGAAAAGCGUCAAGCGAUUGAGGAAGUUCUUGCCAAAAUUGAUCUUCUCUCUCAUGGUCAGUUUGGUAACUGGUGCAUUCAGCACAUUUGCGAACACGGUGCACCUCAUGAUAAAAGCCGUGCCAUCGAGCAUAUCCUCCUUUGGGCCACUGACUACAGCAUGGACCAGUUCGCCUCCAAGGUUGUCGAAAAAUGUUUGAAGAUUGGUGGCUCUGAAUUUCUGGACCGUUACCUUACUCGCGUUUGUACCGGUCGUCCUGACCGCCCUCGUAUGCCCCUUAUCGACAUUGCUGGAGAUCAGUAUGGCAAUUACUUGAUCCAGUGGAUCCUUAUGAAUUCUGCUGCUCAUCAGCGAGAAAUUGUUGCUACCCACAUCCGCAAACAUAUGGUUUCCUUGCGCGGUUCCAAGUUCGGCUCUCGCGUUGCAAUGCUCUGCUGCAACCCCAGCCAUGUUACUCGUCCAGGCCCAGGAGCAGGAGUCCAGGUUAACCGCUUCUCGAACCCCGGAGGAGAGGAUCGCUUUUCUGGAAGCCAAUCAUCCGGACGGUUCAACCGCGGUGGCCAGUGGAGCGCCAACUACCCGCCAUUUCGUUGACCAUAUCUAGACUAUCAUCACUAAAAGCCUUUGGUUUCCAUGACAUUACAUCCAACAUUUGAUGCCCCGAACCCCGGGAUGCUGGAGCAAGAUCACAUAUCGGAAUGCACAUUUACAAUUAUCUUCAUCAGUCUAGGAUUCUCGGAUGCGUGGAUUUUUCUGCUUGGUUCGAGCUUUUUUUAAAAAAGAAAUCCUAUCAUCUGCUCUUGGCUUGUUGGAGCUGCUACUUACAACCAACAACCAUUCUGAUUCAAAUUUCUCUUAGAUCCUUCUUCCUUUCCUUUACGUUUUUUCCCCGGUUUUCUAAAACCCCAGAGCUACACCCAUUUCAUUCUUUUAAUUUGUCAUAUUUUUUCAAAAAUGAUUUUAUCCUAAGAUAACUAAUAGGCGUGGGUUUCCCCAGUGCUUUGGUUUAACAGAAAAAAGCAGGUUCGAGUUCACCUUUUCUCAGCUACCUACAUGGGAAAGGUUUAUUUGUUUGAAUUUCGCUAUCAGGUACAGCUUAGCUUUAUAUUAUCCCUCCAUGGCGCAGGUCUUCUUUGUGCUAUUAAUUGCCGCCAAUAUGUUUUGAUUCUCGGGCUGGAUGGACAUUUGCAAUUUUGAGACUGGAGGCAACCGCAAAGCUUGUCUAACGAAGGGCUGGCCGUUGGCAUAUAAAAAAAAAAAAAACCCCUAUUCUUUUUAAUCACGGGAUUAACAGUGUAUUUUAACCACGAUUCGGACAAGAAUAGUUAUCGUUUAAUAACAUAAUUGCGGGGACAACAUGAUAAUAAAAUGACUGUGGUAUCUAAUAUAAUACGUGG